AUGCAUCUGCUAGUUAACGAGCUCGGUAUUCACAGUCGUCCUUCACGUCUUACUAAUUCAGCCAAAAUCUCAGCAUUUUUGCAGCGUUUCGAAAACUUCAAGACUCCGUCACUUGUAAUUGUAAUUUCUCUGGUAACUUUUGAUGUCACCUAUGUGUCAGAGCCGGAAGCACUGGGAAAUGAUCCGGAGUUUCGCUCAUUAAGCGCCGAACAUAACUCAUCGCAUGUUGCCGUAACAACAUAUCCAGAAAACGGUGAUGAUGGAAUUCAACUGAGUGGUUUGGAUACUCAACAUGUGAUACUGUUGUAUCUAGUGCAUGCAUUGCCGUAUGCGCAGAGUGCAUUUAACUGGCUUUUCUACGCAUUUCUCAAUCGUAACCUGCGCCACUCAUCCACAUACGCAUCUGCGUUACGCUCAUCAAUGUUCUGCUAUGCCUUUCGAUCAGCUACGCCUUCCACAACAGUACCCUGUACGCAGAAUGUCUCCGUAUGGCGAGUUACUAAUAAUCGGCCAGUACCGUUUCAUCACCACGUUAGUGAUCACGGAUUUGUUCAGACAUCGACUGAUUCACGUUGUAAAGAUACCACCGUGGUUGCAUUUAUUAUCUAUCCGGCUGCAUCCAAUUCGUUCAAUGUUGAGUCACUGAAAGGACAAGCGGUGUGCAAGCAAUUGCACAGUACUAUAUCACGAAUAAAGGAUAAUUUGGCGUCCAGAAUGUUUGAGGGCUGCUUAAAAGGCCAUAUACCGAAUAUGGAGGAGCUUCUGCUUCCGGAUGAACGCAUUCAGCUGAAACGUUGCAUAUUAAGCGCAAAACGCGAUGUUUUACCGCCAAUCUGUACACAUAAUAUGCUCGAUGAUGCUGGCGAUCCCGUACUUAAUGCAUUUCGGCGUUGUCAGCUUAUCAACCAGUCUUCAGAUCGCGUCAAA